AUGGCUAUGCAACCACACUCUCACGACAAUCAUGAUUUUUCUUUCUGUCCCAAUGGCUUUUACACAAGUGGACUCGUUGAGUUACCACAACCUCAACAAGUGCAUCAACAUCAACAACAACCACAAUAUCUACCACAACAACAUCAACAACAUUGUCAAGCUCAUGUUGUUCCCAUUACCAAUCCUCAUGGUCAUGCUUCAAGCAACUUAAGUUCUUCUACUUUUGUUGCUCUACUUGAGAAACAAAGACAUGAUACAAAUCAGUUUAUCAACAUGCAGAAUGAUCAAUUGAAACAGUUGCUACAACAUCAAUGGAACCUACAAUUGGAUACAAUUAGAAAAAUGGAAAAUUUAAUAAGAAGCCUAGAGGCAGAGAAAAGAGAACUGAAGAGAAUUGCUGACGAAAGGGAAGCAACAACAAUAACUCUUUAUAAUAAGUUAGAAGAAGAGAAGAAGAAGAAACAAAUGACAUUUGUGGCAAAUGACGUAGAAUCAUGUUGUGGUGAAAAUGAAGAAAACAGUGCAAGGCAUGGAAACAAUAUUAUGAUGCUUUGUCCAAAGUGCAACACCAACUCUUCAAGUGUAUUGUUUUUGCCAUGUUGGCAUCUCUCUUCAUGCAAAACGUGUGAAACUUUACUCCAAGCUUGUCCAAUAUGUGGAAUGGUAAAAGAUGAUGUUGUUGAGAUUCAAAGUUUGAUUUUAGAUUGA